CAUUCCCCGUGUGUUUGCUCCAUGCCCACUGGACCUGGCUACGUGCCACCUGACGGAGAGAUCCACUCUGUCUUCACCGAUCCGGCCCUCUGAUCUGGCAGGGUUGGAACGUUUGUAGGGACGUUAUCUUGUGCACCGGGAUGAAAAAUAAGCCUGACAUAACACGCACCCCAUUACUGAAUUAAAGCACGGGCCUCUUUGUUGUUCCCCAGUGAGCGGGGCUUUAUGUGACAAGAAAAGCUUCCGUGCAGCUUCUAACAAGUAUCUUUCAGGCAGUAUUAUCACUGCUGAUAUGACUGGCAGGGUUCCAGGAGCGUGUGUGUGUGUUUACAGGCUCGGACUCAUGGCCUGGAUGACGGAGACGUGUACAUGUCCUCCUAUGAAAGCAGAUUCCGCCUGUUCAGUUCGGUUGAGCACGAGGGGCAGCUCUUCAUGACGCCACGCAACUUUAUUGAGUCCAUCACGCUCACCGAACCUCAGGGCCCAGGAAAGAAAUGAACCAGUCCAAACAAACCCAAAACUUUCAUAAGAAAGCUUCGUGUCAAAAGGUCGAACCACAUUUUCAACUUCCCUAUCAAGCUCCAAUGACUGGUGCCCAUUCGAGGAAGGAGGACAUGCAAGUCACUCACCAAAAAGGAAUUGGACAGGAUUUUGGCAGACACCCCUCCAGUUUGGAAAGGAUCCUCCAAUAUGUUCAGAAAUCUCCGAGAUCAAGGCAUCAUAAGCUACACCGAAUACCUCUUCCUGCUGUGCAUUCUCACAAAGCCUCAUGCCGGCUUCAGGAUUGCCUUCAACAUGUUCGAUGCUGACGGGAAUGAAAUGGUGGACCAGAGGGAGUUCCUAGUGCUGGGAGAGAUUUUCCGAAAGAAGAAAGAUCGAACGGAGGUGUCUGAAGACGUGCAAAAAUUCGACCUCCAGAGCCUGCAGCUCUACGGUCAUCAUAAAUCGCAGCCACUAAGUAAAAGACUUUUGCUGCUUCAGGACCUUAAAGACCUCGAGCUGAAGAGAACCUGGGUUCUCCAGCAGGACAACGAUCCAAAACGACGCCACAAGUCUGUCUCUGGAUGGAGGAGGACCAACAAAAUGGAGUCAGAGUUCUUGCACAACCACAAAGAAGCAGGUUCCACCACAGCUGUAAAAGCUUUAUCGCAAUUGUUGCUGUUGUUGAGGCCGGCCCAACCUGUUGCUGGCUUGAGGGGCAUCACUUUCUCACUCAAGGUCCUUAAAAAAGAGGGUCAGCAUGCAGAGACCCGGGGCGUGUGGGAGGCGCUGAAACGUGGCACCAGUCAUUUGCUCUUUUCUGAUCUUGCUGAGCAUGCCGAGGAAAAGACGGAGACGACCCUGCUGGUGCAUUUCUUUGGUAAGAAGGGGAAAGCCGAGUUGAAAUUUGAGGACUUCUACAAGUUCAUGGACAACCUGCAGACAGAGCUGCUGGAGAUCGAGUUCUUGUCCUACUCCAAAGGCAUGCCCACCAUCAGCGAGGAGGACUUUGCCAGGAUCCUGCUGCGCUACACCAACGUGGACGAUGUCAGCAGCUAUCUGGAGAACGUGCGCCACUGCAUGCAGGAGGAGAAGGGGAUCGUCUUCGAAGAGUUCCGGUCCUUCUUCCAGUUCCUGAACAACCUGGAGGACUUUGCCAUCGCCAUGCAGAUGUACAACUUUGCUAACCGCUCCAUUGGUCAAGAGGAGUUCAGUCGCGCCGUCUACGUGGCCACUGGCAUCAAGCUCUCCCAUCACCUGGUCAACACCGUCUUCAAGAUAUUUGACGAAGAUCACGAUGGGAAACUGAGCCACAAGGAGUUCAUCGGCGUCAUGAAGGAGCGGCUGCACCGCGGCAACGGGGGUGUCCGUCCUGAGGAGAAACACACCUCCUUCAGGUCCUGCAUGAGAAGGGAACUUGCCGGCAAAUAAGGUGAAAAUCUUACAACUUCCUGAGCUGCUGUUUCCUUCAGACCUCUGCUGGGAUUUGACUCAGAUGAUGAGAAAACAAAUCAAAAGAAACAUGUUUUUAUUUCACUUCAUUAUUUAUUUAUUCAUGUAUCGAGUAAGGACAGGAUGUGGCGUAACCCAAAGCACUUGUCGGCCCAAAUCCAUUCAGCCGAGUGUUUGGCUGAUGAAGCCUCGUGAAGCCUCAUUCUCAGCCCAUGUGACUGCACCUUCUGCUCUAUUAUCUUUGGCGUGAGCUAUUUUCAUGAAGCCUCACGCUAUUUCUAACUUCAGAGCGCCACCUACUGGGCUCUGAAAAUGAGGCUUCAUGAAGCUUCACCACUGAAUAUUACUUUUCCCCUCCAGCCUUCAACCCUCAAAGAAACUUUCACGCCUGUGUUUUUACGUGACGUAAGAGUGCUUUUCCUGAAACUUCCACCUGUAAUGAUGAUAUCGAUGAAAGCCAUGUGUCAGUUCCACCGGGAACCGUCAAAGCAAUAGGUCAAAAUCCCUUUAAUACCUCGGGUUGGUGCUUCUGGAGAUGGUUACCAAGGUACCUGCUGUGAUGUGGUGAAGCGGCGGUGAAUCCUGUUUAAGCAUGUGUGUGCACCUUCGACUCGUGUGAACGCUCGUGUGUCCGACUGUCCCUGAACGCCACUUUGGAUGAGACAGGAAAUAAAAGAAACAUGUCUCUGUGCUGGAUUUUUAUUUU